GCCAAAUUGGUAGGCUCCAAACCAAGUUUUCAUUCUUUCAUUUUGGUUCUUUUGCAUUGCUCUCUUGUUUCCUUGUGUUUCUAUUUCCAUGGAGCAGGCAGUAGUUGUUGUAGGAGCCGGGCCCUCAGGCUUAGCAAUUUCUGCAUGCUUGACUGUCCACAACAUUCCUCAUGUCAUUCUUGAGAAGGAAGAUUGUAUUGCAUCUCUUUGGAAGAAGCGAACCUAUGAUAGGCUGAACCUUCAUUUAGCCAAGGAAUUCUGCUCCCUUCCACACAAGCCCUUUCCAGUUAAUAGCCCUACUUUCCUCUCCAAGCGUGAGUUUAUCGCGUACCUAGACAAUUAUGUUUCAUCUUUCAAUAUAAAACCCAAUUAUCAUCGUACUGUCGAGCUUGCUACCUAUGAUGAAGUUGGAAAGAAAUGGAGAAUCCGAGCUAAGAACACCCAAUCGGGCAUUCUAGAGGUUUAUGUUGCAGAUUUUUUGGUUGUUGCUAGUGGGGAGAAUAGUGAGGCUAACAUUCCUGAACUUCCUGGAUUAAAUAGCUUUGGAGGAGAGGUGGUUCAUUCUAAUCAAUAUAAGUCUGGUGCAGCUUAUGGAAAUAAAGAAGUUCUGGUGGUAGGAUGUGGUAACUCUGGUAUGGAGAUAGCUUAUGAUCUUUCAAACUAUGGAGCUCACCCUUCAAUUGUUGUUAGAAGCCCGGUACACCUCGGCAUGAGACUAUUACCUUAUCUCCCAGUUUUCGUGGUGGAUUUUAUUGUGAUCCUAAUGGCAAAAGUUGUGUUUGGAGAUUUAUCAAAGCAUGGAAUUCAUCGCCCAAAGAAAGGUCCCUUCCAUAUAAAAAACAUUACUGGAAGAUCUCCGAUCCUUGAUGUUGGAACAGUAAGCAAGAUCAAGACUAAAGAAAUUAAGGUAGGUGGGCAUGCUAAGAACAAGAAUGCUAGAGAGGGAUCAGAGAAGGGAGAGGAAGAGGGAUGAAGAGAACAAUGAAGAAAGGAUUAGAGAAGGGAGAAAGAGAAACUAGGAAGGGAGAGGGGAAAUCGGGGAAGAUGAAGAACAUGCUUUAUUACAUUUAUGAUUUAAUUUAUUAAUUAAUUGAUUCUGCCAUU